AGGCAUCUGUGCGUGGGAUAGAGAGGUUAUGAGUAACCGGGAUGCUGGCGGAAGUGAAACUUGCGUUCUGUCUUGUGUGGUGGCAUUUAGUUCCCAACGAAGCUGCUUGCAGCGUCUCUUGAGAUGUCUGGGUGUUUGCAAUCGUUGUAUUGGGAUGGUCACCAUGCAUUGCAAUAUCACUUUAACAGUAACACGUGUCAGUACAUACUGUAGCUGCCGGAAUUGACACCACGAAUAGACGAACAUCUCUGAACACAGGCGCGUGUGGCCCUCAGUAAAUAAAGUAUUAGUGAAGUGGUAGAGAGGAGUUGACAUUGUUUGAUGGUGUCUAGCCAUCAUCUUGACACUGGGUGAAGUAUAGAAUCCCACCUCCUCCCCAAGUAACAGUGCUGGUUAAUAUUCCAUCAGACAAUAUAAUGUGGAAAGACCACAUUUUAAGUAAGGGCAAAAGUUGCAUUCCUCCAGAUGAAGGGCUUUUGCCCGAAACAUCGAUUUUCCUGCACCUCGGGUGCUGCCUGACCUGCUGUGCUUUUCCAGCACCACUCUAAUCUAGACCCACAUUUUAAGUAAGGUCUUUCCGCCAAAGUAUAAUGAGGGUCCGUUAAGUUAUCAGACCCUCUCGGUGCCUCAUAUGUAUGUAAAGGCUGUCCUGUACAAGAAAGAAAUGCCUUGGUGCUUGUUUGUUCUUCGUGUGCAAAGAACUGCUUCAGCGGCUGUGUAUGCACAUAAAGUAUAUUUUAAUGUAUAUUUUCACAAUACAACAAAAUAAUAACCUGGCUUCUUUUCCUUCCAGUCUUAGGCGAGAGGAAACGGUCUGGGGGGAAGGUUCCAGUGGUGUGAGCCAUGGAGAUAGUGGCUGGUGUUCUGAAGUGAGGGUUGAGGAUGGCAUCGGCGGACAGCGAGGUGAAAACGCUGCUGAACUUUGUCAACUUGGCUUCGAGCGACAUCAAGGCAGCGCUGGACAAGUCGGCCCCCUGCCGGCGCUCGGUGGACCACAGGAAAUACCUGCAGAAGCAGCUCAAGCGCUUCUCGCAGAAAUACACGCGGAUGCCGCGGUGUCACUCCGGGCGGCUGCUGGACUCCGGGUCGAAGCGAGGGCCGGACGAGCAGAGCCGGCCCUGUGUGCUCCAGCUCCGAGCUUCAGGAGCCGCAGACAGCGGGGAGCCGCCGCUGCCGCUUCCUCUACCGCCGGCCCGGCACGGUCAGGUCCCCAUGAGGAAAAGACAGCUGCCCGCCUCCUUCUGGGAAGAGCCGAGGCCCGGGAAAAGCCUGCCGCCUCCCCGGGAGCUGCUGCUGCUGCCGCCGCCCCCUCCUCCGCCGCCGCCCGCAGAGAGAGGCGGGUCGCCCGCUGGCGUUAGCCCCGGGCCGGCGGCCAAGCAGGAACCGCGGUGUGAGCGGGCGGAGCCGCUCAGGCUGCAGCUCGCCUCGCUGGCCCGCACCGUCACCCUGUGCACCUGCUGUCCUCUUCAGUACCACCGCCUGUACCAGAGCCACAUGGCACUGCCGCAUGCCGCCAGCCCCGACAUGGGCAUCUGGAGGAAAGCUGCCAACCUGCCGGCCGAGCUCCACGCUUACUCCAAAGACUCCUUGAACGGACAAAGAAUUCACAAACCUGUCGUUUUGAAGCCCAUCCCCACGAAACCCACUGUCCCUCCUCCCCUGUACAACGUCUAUGGCUUUCUUUGAUUGUAGCCCAGCACACUUUCGCUGCGGGAGUGGACUUCCCACCUCGCAGGAGGGAGUCCCGAACAGGUAUUGCUCCAUCGUUAUCUGGAAAAUAUUAACCUCUGCGGGGUCAUGCGCUUUGCACAAGACUGUCGAACUGAAUAAAGGAGCAGUUACAAAGGAAAUCCAAAAAAAAAUUAAAGACUCCGACACUCACCCACACACAGCUGCUCCGGGAAGAGAGGCACAUAUGCUGACCACACCUGCAUCAGUGUUUCGGGGCUUUUUUUCCCCCCUGGAGCCUAGAGUAAAGCUGAACAGCAGGUGCUGGAAAUGCGACAAGAUGGGAACGAAAUGUGGCUGGAUUGUUUCAAGGGACGUCCAACGGCGUGUAAAAUCCAGGUUCAAGUGGCUUUACUCGUGUGUUACUCGUCUUGAAUGUCGAUGCGUGGUUAAUGUAAUGGACGAUAUAAUUUUAUUGAAUUAAAAAAAGGGACGUGUCCAAUCA